GCUCCCCCGCUUAUAAAUACUUCUGCAGUUCUUCUGCCACCUUCCCACGACACCGCCAUUUCUCCUUUUCGUUACAUUAAAUUAAUAAUCUCUCUCUCUCUCUCUCUCUCUCUCUCUGCAACAAUCAACAGAGGCGACAGUCAUAGUCAAUGGCGACCUCCUCUUCUUUGACCUUUCCCUCCCUUAACCUCCACCAGUUCCCCUCCACCAGCCGGCGCCACAAGCCUCUCCUCCUCCGCCCCGCCGUCACCGCCUCGGUUUCCGAGAGGCCCUCGAUCCCUGCCACCACACCAUCGCAGCCCCGCACCGUAGUCUCCUCCCCGCCGCUGCAGCAAGAGCCUGCCGGCCCGAAGCUCCCGCUUCGCAAGAUCCCCGGGGACUACGGCCUCCCCUUGAUCGGCCCGAUCAAGGAUCGCCAGGACUACUUCUACAACCAGGGCCGGGACGAGUACUUCAAGUCCCGGGCCUUCAAGCACCGGUCCACAGUCUUCCGCGCCAACCUCCCGCCCGGCCCGACCAUCGCCCGCGACCCCCGGGUCAUCGUCCUCCUUGACGGCAAGAGUUUCCCGGUCCUCUUCGAUGUGUCCAAGGUGGAGAAGAAGGACCUCUUCACCGGCACGUUCAUGCCGUCGACCGAACUCACCGGCGGGUAUCGGAUCCUCUCCUACCUCGACCCAUCGGAGCCUAACCACGCCAAGCUCAAGCAGCUCAUGUUCUUCCUCCUCAAGUCCAGCCGCGACCGCGUCAUGCCCGAGUUCCACUCUAGCUACUCCGAGCUCUUCGACUCCCUCGAGGCCGAACUCGCCGCCAAAGGGAAGGCCGCUUUCGGGGAGGCCAACGACAGGGCGGCCUUCAACUUCCUGGCCCGGUCCUUGUACGGUGUUGACCCGGCCAAAACGAAGCUUGGGUCCGACGGGCCGAAGCUGGUUGGGAAGUGGGUUGUGAUCCAGAUCAGCCCGCUCCUCGUCCUUGGCCUGCCGCGGCACCUGGAGGACCUCCUCAUCCACACCUUCCGCCUCCCGCCCUUCCUCGUCAAGAAGGACUACCAGCGCCUCUACGACUUCUUCUACACCUCGGCCGUCCCCAUCCUCGACGAGGCCGAGCGGCUCGGGAUCUCGAGGGAGGAGGCCUGCCACAACCUCAUCUUCGCCACAUGCUUCAACUCCUUCGGCGGGAUGAAGAUCUUGUUCCCCAACGCGGUCAAGUGGAUUGGGCGGGCCGGGGUCGGGCUCCACACCGAGCUCGCCAGGGAGAUCAGGUCCGCCGUCAGAUCCAACGGCGGGAAGAUAACGAUGGCCGCGAUGGAGCAGAUGCCCCUCAUGAAGUCCGUCGUGUACGAGUGUCUCCGGAUCGAGCCCCCGGUGGCCCUCCAAUACGGCAAGGCGAAGCACGACUUCGUGAUCGAGUCCCACGACUCCGCAUUCGAGGUCAAGGAAGGGGAGAUGCUAUUCGGGUACCAACCUUUUGCUACCAAGGACCCCAGGAUAUUCGAGAGGGCGGAGGAGUUCGUGCCCGACCGCUUCUUGGGAGAGGAGGGGGAGAAGAUGCUGAGGCACGUGCUGUGGUCAAACGGGCCCGAGUCCGAGAACCCGACCCUUUCCAACAAGCAGUGCGCCGGGAAGGACUUUGUGGUGCUGGUGGCUCGGUUGCUCGUGGUGGAGCUCUUCCUCCGUUACGAUGCAUUUGAGAUCGAGGUCGGGAAGUCGCCGUUAGGCGCCUCCGUUACCGUAACGUCCCUAAGGAAGGCCACCUUCUGAUGAUGCUAAAUGAUCCCCCAUAUAUAUAUAUAUAUAUCCCUUUUGCUAUACCCUUUUCCCCCAAUGGGCAAAUUUAGGUCUUGGGUAGUAUCAUAUUUUUGAGGGACAGUGGAGAGUGGGGCGCUGGCUGUGUAGGUUGCCAUUUUCUUUUUAAUAUUUUUUCUUUUAACUUGUGCACUCCCUCAAGGUGUAUAAAAAUAAAUUUUGUAGAUUUUCUGUUUCAAGUAGUCAAUUUUUAAAAGGCGGUGAUUUAGGGCAACUUCUUUUUUCGUUUGGGUGGGAGAAUUUUUUUUUUCUUUUUUGCCCUGUCGAAAUUUGACAGUCCAUUUCCUCUAUGAUUACGACGGAUCACUACUCAUACUCAUAGGAACACAAACUUGAAUGAAUGGAUGUAGACUUGCUUGUAUGCUUCUUUUCCUUCAUAAACAAGGCCGUUGGCCAAAAAAAUAAGUUCAUUAAAUCAAAUAGAUGGAACACAACUUCUUAAUUAUA